UUUUGUUCAAGCACAUGCCAACCUCUUGGUUAACAUAUUUAUCUUAUCUUCAAAAUCUCCCCCUUCCCCAGUCUCUAUUUCCGCCUUGUUUCCUCCCUGCAACUGCAUCUUUUAGUUCUAUAUAACUUAUUCUCACAAGGGAAACCUCUGAAACUUGCUUUAAGUUUUGUCCAUCAACAAGUUUUUAACUAGGCUGCAAAUCAAUCUGUGAUCGCUACAAGUCAUGGAGUCUUUUUCAUGGGUUAAUACUCCGUUGGAUCUUAAUACUAAGCCUUUGAAAUUAUUCAACGAUGAACUUCACCCACCACAGCCGCCGUCGCCAAAGAAGAAAGAGUUGCCGUGCAAUUUUUCUGGGUCUGGAACAAAGAUUUCCCUAAAAGAAGAGACUGGAGCUUUAGUUGAGGAAUUGAACCGGGUGAGUGAAGAAAACAAGAAGUUGACUGAAAUGCUAACAGUGAUGUGUGAGAACUACAAUGUUUUGAGGAGCCAGUUAAUGGAUUAUAUGAACAAACACCCCGAGAUGGAGAUUAGCUCUCCAAAAAAAAGGAAACUUGAAAGCAACAACAACAACAAUAAAAAUGGAACCAUGGGAAAUUCUGAAAGCAGUUCAACUGACGAAGAAUCCUGCAAGAAACCAAGAGAAGAAACCAUCAAGCCAAAGAUUUCCAGAGUCCAUUACAGGACUGAUGCCUCCGAUACCGGCCUUGUGGUGAAAGAUGGGUAUCAGUGGAGAAAAUAUGGCCAAAAGGUCACCAGAGAUAACCCCUCUCCUAGAGCUUAUUUCAAAUGCUCUUUUGCUCCAAGCUGCCCUGUAAAAAAGAAGGUUCAGAGAAGUGUGGAAGAUCAAUCUGUAUUGGUGGCAACUUACGAGGGAGAGCACAACCAUCCACACCCUUCACAAAUGGACUCGACAUCGGGGUCGAGCCGCGGCACAAACACGGUGGGUUCAGUCCCCUGCUCGGCCUCCCAUGGCUCGACCAUCACAUUUGAGCUGGGAAAAUCAAAGUCAAGUGGUAACGACGGAGUGGUGAAGCCGAGAAUUGAUCAAGCCCCGGAAAUGAAGAAGUAUUUGGUGGAGCAGAUGGCGUCUACGUUGACUAAAGAUGCCAACUUCACAACAGCUCUGGCGGCUGCAAUUUCUGGAAGAAUGUUUCAACUGAGAAAUGGUGAAAUUAAUUGAGUCAGUGUACAAGUAGAGUUGAAGUUUAUGCAUUUCAAAGUUAGUUGUUAGAGUGUUUUCAGAUUCAGAAAAUACGAUGUAAUUUGUAGAUAUAAACAUCGGACAAGAAAGAAAAUUCCAACAGUAGUCUUUUAUUUUCAA